AUGACAACAAUGUGGUUUAAAUUAAAUCCAAUUAAUAUAGUUGGUGAAUUUCUUAUUUAUCUAAUUGUUGAUAAUAUUACGAAAUGUAUGGUUAUUCGUGAAAGAAAAAAAAAUCAUUUUCAUAUAUUAAUAUAUGAAUGUAUAUUUCUGGGUUUUUUAAUUGGUUUUAUAUCAUUCUAUUAUUAUAUUCCAAAUGUACUUAUAUGUUUUCUAUUGUUUCAUAUUAUGGGAACAAUUUAUUCAAUAAAAGAUUUCACCAAAAUAAAACUAUUAAUUGAAAUUUGUCAAAAAAUACUAAAAUAUUUAUAUGAAUAUAUUACAAAUCUAACUUUUUGUCGUUUAUCUUCGAAAGUCGUGCAAACAAAUAAAAUUCCAAAAGAAUAUCAAUAUAACUAUAAUCUUAAGCCAACAAAUGAUAUUCGACUUCAACAAUCAUCAUUUACUCAAACAUUACCAAGACCAGGCAUUAUUAAUUUAUAUGGUACAACAUGUUCACUAAAUGCUCUAUUACAAAGUUUAGCAUCACUAAACAAAUUUUACUUAUUAUUACAGCGAAAUAUUAAUUUAUCACGCUUUAAUUAUGAUCCAGUCGUACCUGCAUUUCUUGAACUUAUUUCUCAAUUACGAAAUGAUCAUCGUACAUCAGAUUAUAAACAUUGGAAUAAACUUGUUGAUACAUCAGUAUUUAUUUCGAAAUUAAAUUUAAUUUAUACGAAUUUAUUAACAGAGAAUACAACAACAGAUAUAUGUGAAUUAUUUCAAUGUAUUAUUGAUAUACUUAAUAAUUCUUUAUCACAACAAUCAUCUAUCUAUUCAACAAAUGUUAUUGAACAAGUACAAAAUUCAAAAUUAACAACAUUGUCACUUGAAUAUUUAAAUAAAUUAUUUGUUGAAACAGAAGAACAACUUCAUGAUAAAAUAACCUUAGAUAAUCUUGAUGAACAAACAUCAAAUAUAAUUCAAUAUAUUGAUAUUACUUGGUUAUUACAUCAUAUACAAUUUGGUUCAACAAUGAAACAUACUUUUUCUGGACAAAUACUUCAUGCACAUUGUUGUAAUAAUUGUUCUCAUGUUCAUUUUCGUGCUGAGCCAUUUCAAAUAUUAACAUUAUCAAUCAAUAAAACAAAUCAAACAUUAGAACAAAUUAUUUCUCAAUUAACCAAAAUUGAAAUUAUAGACUCAAUAUCAUGUUCACAUUGUUCUAAUCAAAUACAAAAUGAACAAGAAAGAAUGACUAAACAUGAUGCACUUCUCAGUAAAAUAACAUCGACUGUAUCACCGAUUGUUACUUCACGUCGUCAACCUUCCGAUCAUAUAUUUUCAUCAACACCGAUAUCAUCUUCUACUAUAAAUAUUCUUCCAUCAACAAAAAAUCAUAUGCAUUAUAGAAUAAAAAGUCAAAAAAUGAUUUCGAAUUUUCCUGAUGUUCUUUGUGUUCAAUUAAAACGUUUUUCAUAUGAUCGUCUUUCGAAUAGAACAAUAAAAUUAAAUACAUCAAUUAUAAUUGAACCAGACAAAAUUCUUGAUUUGUCAUAUCUUCAUUAUACAACAUGGCUUGGAUUAAGAGAUUUAUCAAUUUCUUAUCAUUAUCGUUUAAUAGCUAUUUGUUUGCAUUUAUCAGAGAAUUCUUCUUCGUCAUUAUCAUCUAUACAAUUAACAAAAAGAAUAAAUGAACAUUAUGUUUGUUUAUAUCGUACAGAUCAUAAUCAAUGGUUUUUAAGUGAUGAUGAACAAUUUAUAAUGACAAUGAUAUGUAUUAUUUGUUUUAAUAAUCAUGCUGAAGAUGAUUGUCCAGAUUUUGUAUCAUCAUCAAAAAUGAAUGGAAUAGAAAAGAAACCAUCAUCAUCAUUGACUCGAAAUCUUUCAAAAGUUUUACUCUCAUUACCAACUCACAUUCAAAUGCGUCGUUGUGAUGAUACAAUAACAUUUUCACCAACAAUUCGUAUUUUAAAAACGACUAUUAUCGGUCCAUUUGAAGGACGUUUUAUACCAGAAGAUAAAUUAACAACAACACCACGCAAUGGAUUUCUUAUUAAAAUCUUUCGUGAAAAUGGUAAUAAUCUUGUACUUGAUGCAUCAGAUGAACGUAAAAAUAAUUGGUGUUGUUUGAUUCCACCAGCAAGAACAUCACAAGAAAUAAAUUGUUUGUUAUUUCAACGAAAAUAUAAACUUUACGCAAAAGUAGUUCGCACCAUUUUAGCAACAGAAUCAUUGAGCAUAUGGUAUUCAAGUAAUUAUGCUAAAGCCAUGGGCAUGCCCGAAACACCAGAUGGUGGUCCAUUAGCUCUCUAUGGUAAAACUGGUCGAAUGAUUUUUCGAUAA